AUCUGGCAACCCUGAGUGUGAGCAGCAUUUUCCGCCAUCUAACUUCAUCACGGGACUUCACCACAAAGCUCCAUGCAAUCUGCAUAUGUGUUAAAACAACACUUCUGUGUGUCGCACAGUUUAAUAGGUGUUCGGUUUAAAGGCCAAAUUGACUUGACUGUCCUCUCCCCAAAGCUGCGGCUGUGCUGUCCCUUUAACUGAAGGGGUCGCGGCCUAUCCUCCGCUCGAUCAUUAGGGUCCAUUCAAUAAUAAUAAGACAACAUUUGGGGAACGGGGGCUUUUAUUGUCGCAUCUGAUUUUUUCGCUCAGCGGACCCGGAUGCGAGGGGCAGACAGCAGCCAGAUGGGUUCACCACUGUCGGGGACACGACUGAGAGCGCAGAAGUGACUUCCUAUGGCUGAGCCCCUUGCUGAUUGUUUUGGUUUCAUAUUGUCCGGAGCAGCAGCAGCAGCAGCAGCAGCAGUAGGAGGAGGAGGAGGAGGAGGCAGCUCGCAGCCAAAACAUGCUCCUUUCCCCGCAGAGUUUCGUGAUAUUUACGCGCUUCCGUCCAGACCGAGUCACUCUGGUUUAAAUAGCUCACUGCUUCCGUCUUCCUUUGUUUUUUUCUUCUUCUGAUCUGCUGAUAAAUGAAAAUACAUCAGCAGAGCUGUGGACCUGAGGUACCGAUGGGGCAGUGAGUUAUGGCCGCGAAGGAGGACGUGUACGCCAAAGUGACACCGCGGAGACAUCGCCAGAACCGGCCCAACACCGUCAAACAUGGCUCUACUUUGGACGUGCUGCUGUCGAUGGGCUUCCCCAGGACCAGGGCAUUGAAAGCUCUGGUUUCUACUGGAGGCAAAAACGUCCAGGCAGCUUGUGACUGGCUCUUCUCCCAUUUGGAUGACCCUUUCCUGGAUGACCCCUUGCCUAGAGAGUAUGUGUUAUACCUGCGGCCCAGUGGACCUCUGCUCCAGCAGCUCACAAACUUCUGGAAGCAGUCCCGCCACACCUGCGGGAAGAACAAGGCCCACAACAUCUUCCCUCACAUCACCCUCUGCCAGUUCUUCAUGUGUGCUGAUGAGAAGGUAGAAGCUCUGACUGACUCCCUGCAGACCACCUUGGCCAAGUGGAAAGGUCGCAUACCAAUGCCUCUGCCCCUGGAGCUCUACAACUCCUCGAACUUUAUUGGCCUUUUUGUGGAGGAGCAGAUGGCUGAGGUUUUGAAGAGUUUUGCUGCUGACUUUGCAACCGAGGCAGCAUCUAAAGCAGAUGUUCAUGUUGAGCCCCAUAAGAAGCAGCUUCAUGUCACAAUGGCAUACCACUUUCAUAGUAGUCACCUUCCAGUUCUAGAGAAGUUGGCCAAAAGCAUAGACGUGGCUGCAGGCUGUGAUUGGCUGGCUCUGCUCCUUUCCAGGGAUAUUCGUUUCGCUAACCAUGAGACGUUUCAGGUCAUGUACCCGUAUGUGCCCCAGAACGACGAUGAGCUCGAACUGCAGCAAGGGGACUUCAUCUUCAUGUCUCCAGUGGAGCAGAGCACAGCCAGUGAGGGCUGGGUGUAUGGCACUUCGCUGGGUACUGGGCUCUCUGGCCUGCUGCCUGAGAACUAUGUGAGUCGUGCCGACGAGUCAGACACAUGGGUUGUUCAUGGGUCUCACUCCUUUCUCAACUGUGCCUCUCCAUUUACCUCUGGUAGUCCUGUGGGAGGGCUAUUAUUAGAUGGACAAUUAAAUGACAGUCUGCUUGACACUCUUAUGGAUCCUUCCAGCCACACUGACCUCUGUCCUCCUAUGCAGGUAUUGAGGGCAGCUGCUCACUCCUCCUCAUCCAAGAUGAGGCUGUUUGUGUGUCGCCACGGCGAGAGGAUGGAUGUGGUGUUUGGCAAACACUGGGUCACCCAGUGUUUCAAUUCCAAAGGUGGAUACAUUCGUUCUAAUCUUAACAUGCCAUGCAGCCUACCAAACAGGAGCGGAGGUCCCCGGGACUAUGAUAAAGAUUGUCCAAUUACUGUGUUUGGCUCCACCCAGGCCCGUCUUGUAGGGGAAGCCCUGUUAGAAAGCCACACAACAAUAGACUUUCUUUACUGCUCUCCUUCUCUCCGCUGCAUCCAGACUGCUCAGCACAUCCUCCAAGGUCUCCAGCAGGAGGCUAAGACAAAAAUCCGUGUGGAACCUGGUUUGUUUGAAUGGACCAAAUGGGUUUCAGGCACUUGCCUUCCCGCUUGGAUCCCACCGGCUGAACUGGUGGCCGCUAACCUGAGUGUUGACACAACAUACAGACCUCAUAUUCCUGUAAGCAAACUGACAGUGUCAGAGUCUUACGACACCUACAUCAGCAGGAGCUUCCAAGUGACCCAAGAGAUCCUGACAGAGUGCAAAAGUCUGGGAAACACGGUCCUGAUUGUAGCUCAUGCUUCCUCCCUGGAGGCUUGCACUCGCCAAAUGCAAGGCCUCAGCCCCCAAAACUCCAAGGACUUUGUCCAAGUUGUCCGAAAGAUUCCUUAUUUGGGGUUUUGUGCUUGUGAAGAAAUGGGAGAGAUAGGCGUAUGGCAGCUGGUCGACCCACCCAUUUUGCCUUUGACACAUGGACCUAAUCACAGUUUCAACUGGAGGGAAAUGCUAAUGCAAGACUAAAAGAUGUGCUGUUGUGCUCCUUAUCUUGUGUCAGCCUGAAAUGCUGAAACAUAAUUUUUUUUUUCUUUCACAGUUUUAGAAUGCUGUUUAAACUACCAAAAGGACAAAAAGAAACACAGUGUGGCUUCCAAUAAAAGAUAUUAUGCAAAAAAUAAAAAAGCCCAUGAAGUUUAGAUGUGACGCUCAGGAAAGAGAGGAUCCAGUCUGUGCUGAGAUCACAGCUAAAGCAAGCUUUAGGUUGGAUGGCAUUUCACUGCCUGCCUCUCAAUAUGGCCCUUAAUUACAUUGAAUGUUGAGGUUCUACAAAGAAAAUUUGACUCUUUUUGAGCAAUGCGAUGAAACAAGAUUUUUAUCUGAAGCUCUGUCUCUGUCUGCGGCCUCUCCUCUGGCAGAAGGGGAAGUGGGUGGUGAAGACUUCAUGCUCUGCUGCCUUUUCACACACUGUGACAUGCAUUAGUUGAGACACACUUGCUCCACAGAAGUAUUUUUCCACAUGUCUGAAAUUAUUAUUUAACUUGUAGCGACAUCCACAUUGUGAAGAAGCACAGUAGAAAAGGUUGACAAUCAGACUGGUCUUUAAUGUUUUCAAUGUUUCAUAUCAUUUCCUUCCACCAUGACUUUUGAGUCCACCUGAACAUUUGAACCUUUAGUAAACCCACUGCUCACAUAACUUUGAGACAACCAAGUUGAUGUGACAAAUAAAAUCUAUUAUAUUAAUUUACAUGACUAACUGCAUUGCUACUGAUAUGCAGGUGCCUCUACUAAAGUUAUUGCUUGUUUGUCAUGACCAUCCCUGAAACUCUGCAAAAGACUUUGCUUUUAAAACACCUGGUGCUUUCUUUCUUUUCUUUUUUGGUUACAUUAAAUAAUUUAAGUACUCACUGCUUAAGGCAUCCUUUGCUGUAUGAUUUGAAAUCUGUUCAUACUCCCUAAAUGAAUAAAAUACUGUUUUGGAGUUGUUAA